AUGGAGGAAGAUGCUCCUGCUAUUAUGGCUCUUGUGAAUGAGUCCAUGUCGUUGAAUUUUCGAGUGAAGAAUGUUUGGGAUAUAAAAUAUAUUUUAAAAAACUGCGUGUUAUCAAUUUGCCAACUCGAUAUUAAUGGUACUAUAGUUGGAUUUUUAUCAGCAAAGGAUUAUCCGCUGCUACCAUCUGUCAAUCCCGCGGCUUGGGAAGAUUUCGUAUGGACCAAAUAUAAAUGUGUGGAAUUGAAUUCCAGAAAUACGUUAUUUUUACAUUUGCUUUGUUGGAAUCCAAUUUAUGCGAGGGAACUUGUGGAUAAUAUGCUCAAGUCUUUGUUUAUGCACGAUCCAUACUUACAGUAUGUUGCUAUGAUGAGAACUAUAAUUGAAUGUCCAUUGUUAGUACCGGGACAGUCCCGUUCGGAAGCGUCGUUCAAACGCAUGCAGGCUUUGGAGCGGGGCGUGCCCGGGGACCAGCUGCCCGCGCUGCUGGUCGCUGAUAGGAGCGAAGUCAGCCCUCGGUUGAGGGUACGGAGAGCUGUUGAAGAAGACAAUGACGAUAUAGUGCCGAUAAUAGAGCGUCAAUCCACUCGCCUCCGGGAAUUAUAUGGUGACUUCUAUGUAAGUGAGCUGAUCUCGCGGCACCCGGAGUCGGAACGAGUGUUGCUUGUUUGUGAGCACAAAGAAGUAGCCGUUGGAGUAAUGUGUUUGAACACACAAAUAAAUUACGAGGAGUUGGAGGAAAGCUUUGAGCUUUCUCCUUUCGCUGGUUUGAAGCGUUUGGAACGUAUUGUUAAACCGGAGAAAGAGAUACUCGAGUCUAACAUUAGCCUUUUAGAAGAAAAUAAAGAGCCAGUAAAGGAGACUUCUUUUACAAGCACUACUUCUAAGGACGUUAAAUCAAGGGUGACUUGGAUAUUCGAAGAAGACGAAUUUAAAAAGUUUGACAAGGACAAAGAGGCUCGUCCUGUUACCCAACCGGGUCCGUACUCGCAACUAGAUGUUCUGAAUUUCUUCCAAGACGAACCGGAAGAAGUGGAAUACGAUAUUGUUAAUAUUGACCACGAUUUGUUGAAAGUUCCCAAGUUUUUUUAUGAGAAGCUGGGCAUAAGCACCGAUGAAGGCUUUAAAUCUCACAGAAGGGAGUCUUUUUAUGAUAAUAAAUACUUAGACCAAGAUAAAGGCAAGAGGACAUCGGAAUUUCUUAUAAGCCCUCCUGCUAAACCGCCUCAACCUACGCGCUAUAUCGGGGCUCCUAAUGCAUUUUUACUUGAGUUGUUUGCUAUGCACCAAGAUUAUGAUGAAAGGUAUGGAUUCGACAUGCUACAAGCGGCCUACGAACUAUUUCCGAAUCGAGAUUAUUGCAUCAUUUGCUUACCAACAUGUCAUACGAGCUUUCCAUUGCUGGACCAUUUUACGCUAGUGACGCCGCAGAGCUACCGCAUGAGAUUUAUCAACGAAACGCUUUAUGUGGCCCACAUCAACUCCGUCAGAGGAGAUGUACGUGUACGUGCAGCCGAACCGUACGACAUUCCCAGUGUUACGGAAGUUCUAGAACAUUCUCCCAGAAAACAUGAAAUAUUGGAUCUAUUGCACGAUAGCUUUGUUCUACGGAUUCUCUCGUCUUUUGUCCUCCUUAGCCAGAACCAGCCGAUCGGUCUUGUUAUACUUGGAGCUCUAGAUGAGAAUACUAUAGUGAGGGCCCAAUAUGAUUUGCCGCCUGAACCUCACAAAUAUGGGACUGAUGCUGCGUUAUUGGCUGGUGUAAUGUCUCCAAUAAUGGAGCCUCACGCACGAUGGUACUUGCGUGAUCUAAUUAGACAUACUAAAUAUGUUACCUUGUUCUGGGCUUGUCGGCUUUUUGCGAAAGGAGACGCGAGUCCAGCAAGACAUUUAAUGUCACUGGGCCACUUCAUGAAGCCAGUAGUGCCUCGGCAAUUCUUCCCCAACGUUAAGGGCAAUAAGGAUUUAGAACUUAUAUUUCAACCCAUAUCUGCUCCAUUUGCUCUUUGGACCUUAGAAAGAGCCCUAACAAGUUUGCCAAGAGUCUAUGUGAAUAACAAUAUUGUGGUGGUGGGAGCAAGUCGGACUGGGCUUGCUUUCAUCGAACAGCUUUUUAUGGGACCAACGUACCAAUACCUAACAUUUACGAACAUUACCCUAGUCUCCGAACAUGGAUUGCCCACAGUGCCAGAUUGUUUAAAGGCAGCAGAAACUUGCGUGCCGAGGAAUGGCCGCUAUACAGACAGAUAUAUAAAGAGUGUCCCGUUUUAUUAUUAUGUAGAUGUCAUUUCUGCUGUUAUGACGCAAAUAGACAGAAAAAAGAAAUGUAUACAUUUGAAAGAUGGUGGAAUGAAGUUCUAUGAUGAGUUAGUUUUAACAUGUGGUCAGCAAUUCCAACAUCCAGAUUACUUGAAAGAUCCUGAACCAGUUAGAGACGUUGAUCCCAAUAAGCCAUGUGAUCGUCUCCUAAUGGAUGACACGAAGUACCAACCAGACAGAGUACCACCUCCACCAGAACUACCAGAUAAUGUGAUGCUUAUCAACUCGUUGGAACAAGCCAAUAAUUGUUUGAGGAAACUGCAAGUGAUGAUUAAGGCUGCGAAGGAAUCGGAUAAAUGUUUGAGCGAAGACAACAGGAUUAUAGUAUACGGCGAUUACAUAGAAGCCUACAGCUGUAUAGCCGCGUUGUUAGAGAUGGGAAUAUCAGCGAAGUUAUUAGCGUUUGUUGAACCGUUCCCACCAGAAGAUAGUACUAAAAUGAGGGUCAAUUGUUUUAAUAAUGAAACGGUGGAUGAAAGAGUUCAAAUGAUGCUCAAAAAGCUGAAAAUCCAAGUAUAUAGGAAAAGUCACCUGUAUGGUUGGUGGCAGAAAGGCAAUCGAGUUGAAACUAUUCGUCUCAUGUCGCCAUUGCAUGCUUUUCAUUUACCGUGCUUUGCUUUCUUUUACUAUGGGAUAAAGGCAAUUGAUGUUUAUGCUUUUAAAGCAAUCAAUGAGAGCGGUCUGGUAUACGACGGCGGUCUGGUAGUGGGCCCAAGCUUCGAUACGAACGACCCGCACGUGUUCGCGGCGGGGCCGUGCGUGCGAUACUCGCGCAAACUAUACGCGGAUAUUCGCCAGCACAAAAACUAUUGCUCGGAGGAUGUUGGUGAAGCGUUGGCAAGGAUUUUCCUCCACAAACUGGACCCCUUCAUGACCGGCGUGAACGAGGUCGAGUCGCCGACAUCGGAUGUCAUGCCACGCUUCAGUUCUAACUUAUCGGCAUUCAAAGACUCGCAUGCUAGCGUUGGGAGUGCUAUUCGUCUUUCUGCCAGUGCUAUUAGAGGACGCUGGCAACCGGUGGCCAAAUUCAAAGCUCCUCUGGUUCAGUCAGGGAUAUUACCCGGACCAUUGUAUUACAUGCAGCUCCGAACACCCGGUCCGGAGAUACCUAUGGCAGUGAAACUGUCGUUGCCUCAUCAGGGUCACAUUUUGAUAACAGAUAAACAUGAGAACUAUUUUCGUCUCCAAGUUAACGCAUUACACUGCAUCGAAGCUAUCACUUGUUUGUCUAAGAAGAGAUUUUCCUCAGAAAGUUUUACUCUGUUGUAUGGAAAACAUGAGGCGUAUUUCAAUAACUUGCUUGCUAGAUAUGAGUUACACCUGAUUGAUGACUUCUACGAUUUCUUCUCCAAGCCGUGGAUGUCGGCGCUGUAUCAAGAAUCAUUCAUUGAUUUAAUAAGUGAACUUCAUGAGCACGAAGUGAAAACGGUGUAUGAUGUGGUAAAGACCAAAUACUACGAGUUUGUUGAGAGCGUCGAGUCUUCUACCUGUGAUAAAACGUGCAUUUCAAAUAAAUUAAUGGAGUGCGGACAAAACGCAGAGCUGCGUCAGGAAGCCGCGGCGUUCUGGCGAUCGAUCGGCGGCGAGCACAUCGUCACGUCGCACCUCGCGCACUAUCUCAAACGGAAUAGCGUUAUUAAUCCGUACUAUGCCGUACCCGAGCCAGAAUUCACUUGAUUUUGAAUAAAUAAAUGUUUUUUUUUGUGUAGAUGUUGUGAUGA